AUGGCCGCCCUAGGCUGCAUCCCUGAAAAACCUGUCCUCCACCACCAUAGUUUCCUACAGGGGGAAUCCAGAAGGAUCCCUGAGGGUGAGCUUGAGAGGAAUGGUCAUGGAGUCUACAUCAGCACCAACAGAACUACAGAUGUUGGCAGCUGGAAAAAUGACAAGGCAGGUGCUAGUGAAACACCCAGCAAUGUGUCCCUGGUGGUGCCCAGCAUGGCACAGCCACUAUCAAAGACUAGAAGGCUGGAAUAUCCUUCUGGGGCAGUUUAUGAAGGUGAAUUCAAAGGCAACAUUUUUCAUGGGGUUGGAACCUACACAUUUCCAAAUGGAGUAAAGAUGGAAGGUGAAGGAGACUUUAUAGAUUAAAAUGGAAGAGGGGCAUCAUUUCAUGGCUCGGCAGCAGUGGGAAUGAGGCAGGAGUUGAAAAUUUAG